AUGUCUCAAUCAACAACAUCGACGCUAGACAGCGUCUCCAUCCUGGGCGCCGGCAACGACGCCUCCCGCCGCAUCCUCACCAAGGACGCCGUCAAGUUCCUCGCCAUCUUGCACCGCAGUUUCGAGCCCACCCGCAGACACCUCUUGAAGCUCCGUGAAGAACGCCAGGUCGAGACAGACAAAGGGCGCCUGCCCGACUUCCUCCCGGAGACAAGACACAUCCGCGAUGACAAGAACUGGAAGGGCGCUGCGCCGGCGCCGGGCUUGGUUGAUCGCAGGGUCGAAAUCACCGGGCCCACGGACAGGAAGAUGGUCGUCAACGCGCUCAACUCGGACGUGUGGGCCUACAUGGCCGACUUUGAAGACUCCAACGGCCCUACCUGGGAUAACAUGAUCUACGGCCAAGCCAACUUGUACGACGCCGUCCGCCGCCAGGUCGACUUCCGCCUCGGCGAGAAGGAGUACAAGCUGAGGACCGACCGCGCCCUUCCGACGUUGAUCGCCAGAACGCGCGGCUGGCAUCUGGACGAGAAGCACUUCACCGUCGACGGGGAGCCCAUCUCCGGCGCCCUUUUCGACUUUGGCCUGUACUUCUUCCACAACGCCAAGGAGCUCAUCUCCCGCGGCGCCGGCCCUUACUUUUACCUGCCCAAGAUGGAGUCGCACCUCGAAGCUAGGUUGUGGAACGACGUCUUUAACACGGCGCAGGACUACGUCGGGAUCCCGCGGGGCACGAUCCGCGCCACCGUCCUCAUCGAGACCAUCAGCGCCGUCUUUGAGAUGGACGAGAUCAUCUACGAGCUCCGAGACCACAGCUCCGGCCUCAACUGCGGCCGAUGGGACUACAUCUUCACCUUCCUCAAGCGCUUCCGCAACCGCCCGGGCUUCAUCCUCCCGGACCGCGCCGACGUGACCAUGACGGUCCCCUUCAUGGACGCCUACGUCAGGCUGCUCAUCAGCACCUGCCACAAGCGCGGCGUGCACGCCAUGGGCGGCAUGGCGGCCCUCAUCCCGCGCAAGGACGACCCGGCCGCCAACGCGAAGGCCAUGGACAGCGUGCGCGCCGACAAGCUCCGCGAGGUGCUGGCCGGGCACGACGGCACCUGGGUCGCGCACCCGGCGCUGGCGUCCAUCGCGAGCGACGUCUUCAACGAGCACAUGCCCACCGCGAACCAGAUCUUUGUCCGCUCCGAGGUGGACGUCAAGCGCGACGACCUCCUCAACCCCGUCGUGCCCGGCAGAAUCACCGACGACGGCGUGCGGAAGAACCUGCACAUCACGCUGGCGUAUAUGGAGGGAUGGCUGCGCGGCGUCGGCUGCAGUGCCAUUAACUACCUGAUGGAGGACGCCGCUACCGCCGAGGUGUCGCGUACGCAGCUCUGGCAAUGGGUCCGCCACGGCGUCAGCACUGCCGAGGGCACGAAACUCGACAAGACGACGAUGCUCAGCAUCCUCGACGACGUGACGAGCGAGCUGAUCAAUGCGUCGCCGCCGAACAACAAGUACGAGCUGGCAGCCAAGUACCUGCGGCCGCAGGUGACGGGCGAAGAGUACGCCAACUUUGUCACCACUCUCCUUUACGAUGAAAUCACCUCGCUUGGUCCGUCUUGGAAGCUUUAG